ACUUACAUUUAAGAAGCAAAAACUCAACUCAAUCGUUGGAUUUUAACCGCUGGCUCUCGUCAUCUCCCACAGUUCCCGGCCAAAAGCAUCAACUGGCUCUCGUCAAUCGUCAUCCUCUUUCACACUUGGCUUCUCAACUCAGCUCAGCUCAGCGGGAGGAGAAUCUUAAAACCCCUCGAAGGUCUUUCGCCCUCGAUAGUUCCUGUUUCCGCUCAAGAUUCCCACACACAAUCUCGUUUUUCCUCCGAUUUAGGUUUUCUGCCCCCAGAAAAAAAUGAAUAGGCUGGGCAGAGGACACAGAGACAAACUUCAGCAAUUCAUGACAAUAACCGGGGCUAGCGAAAAGAUGGCUCAUCAAUAUCUGAAGACAAGUGAAUGGAGCAUUGAAGGAGCAUUAAACUUCUUCUAUAGCCAGCCCCAGGUUAAGUCAUCAGCAGACAAAAAGCGUCUGGAGGAGCUUUACAAUAGAUACAAGGAUCCCUACUGUGACAUGAUUAUGGCUGAUGGUAUUAGUCUCCUCUGCAAUGAUAUUCAGGUUGAUCCUCAGGACAUUGUCAUGUUGGUAGUUUCAUGGCACAUGGGUGCUGCAACUAUGUGUGAAUUUUCCAAGCAGGAGUUUAUUAGUGGAUUGCAAUCUCUUGGAGUAGAUUCAUUGGACAAAUUCAGGGAAAAAAUACCCUUCAUGCGGGAUGAGCUGAAAGAUGAACACAAGUUUAGAGAGAUCUAUAACUUUGCUUUUGACUGGGCAAAGGAGAAGGGUCAGAAAUCCUUGGCGUUGGAUACAGCAAUUGGAAUGUGGCAGCUGCUAUUUGCAGAAAAGGAUUGGCCACUGGUUGACCAUUGGUGCCAGUUCCUGCAGGCACGUCAUAAUAAGGCCAUCUCGCGCGAUACCUGGGCACAACUCCUUGAAUUUUCAAGGAGUGUGGAGCCUGCAUUGUCAAACUAUGAUGCUGAAGGGGCCUGGCCUUAUCUCAUUGAUGAAUUCGUCGAGUUCCUGAACGAAAAUGGCAUAGUACAGCAUAAAUAAGGCAUGCAUUGCACAUUGUUGCAUUUGCUGCUGUGUGUACUAUUUAUUGGUUGGUUGUCCAUUAGAGUUAUGAUCAAAUUCAUGACUUUUCUUCUGUUUGUUUGAUAAGAAAGAAAUGAUUAGGAGAUUGUAGAUUGCAUUUCAUGUGUUUGGUGAUUUUUUUUUUAAAAAAAAAACAUGUUUUUGCAAAUUUGUAGCUAUUGGUGGUUCGCCGUGGGUUUGUAACUCAGUGCAAAGAUACAGUAGAUUAAUCGUCUCCC